AAAAGGCAAUUUCCUUACAGAAAUCUUCUAACUGAGCAAAGUUUAGAGCAGUUUUGGGAUUGUUUCCCAUCUCUGUAAAUCUGACCAUAGGGGUCUCUUGAAAGAGAAUUGCUAAGAAUUUCCAACUGGACUAUGUAAUCACAGCGCCUGGUAUCAAGAGGAGGGGGAGUGACAUGAAAUCACUGACUUGUGACAUACAUUCCUCAGCAACAGCAGCUGCUGCCUAAUGACAGCUAAUAAAGGGAAUCUUCCCUUGACAGAGCUGCAUGCCUACAGUGGGACUGGAAUGUGCCCAAGAUAAACCCACUGAUAACCUAGGAAGCAGGGAUCACCCAAAGAGUAUAAAAGACAAGCUUCAGAAGAGACACAACAGGACAAGAAAGAGAGAGACUUGAAGGGACAUCUCAGAAGAAAGAGCUUGAACUUUCCUAUUCCCAACGAAGUCAGCGCCAUGGACACUAAAGGCUCAUUUUUCUAUGGCUUCCUCUUGCUGCUGCUCAUCCAGCUCCAGUCCAGCAGAGCCAACCCUAUCUACAGCCUCAGCCCUGCCAAAGAACUGGCCAGCAUGGAGGCUCUGUUGGAGAGACUGGAGGAUAAGUUUGCAAUGAUUGAAGCCCUGGAGUCCAAUCCUGACCUGCAACAACCCAAAACCCAGGAGGAGAUCCCGUCAGAACUCGCUGAUGACAGUGACAACCAGAAGGCUGAAGCCAGGCUUGCAGCCAACAUCCCUCUGUCCUACAGAGACCCCUUCUUCAAGAGACUGAGGGGGCUGCAAAUGCCCAGGAUGAUGAGAGAUUCUGGCUGUUUUGGGAGGAGGAUUGACCGGAUCGGCUCCCUCAGUGGGAUGGGGUGCAAUGGUGAGUCCUGUUUAAACCAUUUCACUGAACAGCCAUGGGACAGGCAAGGAGCAGCUUCUCACUUAAGUCUUUAAGAAAACACAGUUUGAGAAUGGAAUUAAUUUGAGCCUAGUAUUUAAGCUAGUAUUGGUUUCUCAAAAGCAUUGCUGACAAUGGUGACAUGUACCAAGACAAAACCGGAUUCUAGUGACAUUUAUUUCAUGUUUGGUUUGCAGGUUCCCGGAGAAAUUAGGAUCAACCUCCCUCUUCCCUGCUCUGAAGAA